UUUGUUUAAAUCGUUAGUUUAUUGGUUAGUCAAGUAGGGAUAGGAAGUAGGGCUAGUGGAAAGAAUAGGAUAGCAACUUCAAAUUUGAUCUAAAGAUGGCAGAAGGGAUGAACUCACGCUCGGUAGGAUUCCAGUUUUCUCCAACAUAUCUUAGUACAAAUCUAUUGUCGCCUUUGCGCUCACCUUACAGAGAAACGGUGCCAAUGACGAAUAUCAUAUUCGGCGGAACGUGUAGCAACCGUGUACGGGAAGAUUGGGGUGCGUAUGCGGGGGAUUAUGGAGGAAUAGGACAACAUACUGUAUGCAAAUAUGUUCCGAUGCCACCGAAAAAACUUGACUUUCCCAGAAGUCACCGACAUUAUAUUUCAGGAUUGAGCAAAGUUAUCCACAGUGUGGUUCAACCUCAUUCCAUCACUACUUUGCUGAGAAGUAAUUGUCGUCAAAACGAUCAAUUUAUUGAUCCACCGGUGUCGAUGAAAGAAAUAGGAAAAAUGAAAGAAGAUAGUGAUUUUGUACAAGAGCCAAGUUAUUCAUCCCAUAUUUGCCGCACUGCAAUGUUUCCACUGAGCACUCUUGAGGAAUACGAAGUAUUUCAGAUGAAUGAAUCAACGUUAUCUCCGAGACCACCAUUGUGUGAAAACACAUCGCGAGAAGUAUCAAAAGUAAUACGCAAUAGAUAUAAAUUGACAUCGUAUGAGAAAGACUAUGAAAGUCCGCAUAAAACAGGUUACAACAAGACAGAGAAACCAGAGCAAAUUGAAAAAGUGAAUUCAGAACCACCAUUGACUCAGCCAUGUCGAAUACCGAAGACAUUGAAAGCUCUUGCGAAAAAGGUUUUAGGGUUAGGGUCGUGGCCAUGCUGGCCAGCAGGAAAUCGUUACAUCAUUAGUACAGUUACUGGACAGAUCGUUGAAAAACGUGACAUUUUAUCGCUGGAUGAUUUACGAGAUUUUCGCCUCCUGCGUAAAAAGUGCCUGGAAAGUGAAGAACUAGAGGAAAAAAAGACUAACAAAAUAUCGCAAGAAAGAAAUGAGACUGAAUUCGAUGAAGAUUUGGCAAGGAACGACAACGUUGAAGAAUUAACGGAAAAAGUGUCGGAAACUGAUCCUGCCGAAAACUUGGUCAAGAAAAAUUUAGUUGAAGAUAAGCACAACGAAUUGCAGACAAGAUAUCUUCGAACAGCUAAGAAAUGGAAUAGAGAUUACGAAAAAUCGCCGGCACCGCUGUAUACACUACCCAAACUGCCUGCAUACACUAGGAAGCAGGAAAUCAACAAUCGUGGAAUGACAGCGGCAAUGUUGGAGGCAAACAGAGCUGAAGAAACUUUAUAUCUUCUUCUGAAAUCCUUGACAAAUGGCGCAGAGGAAGAAAGAUCAAACAGGAUGGCGCCUCCUGGAAUUCAUGCACAUUUGUAUGACAUGGAAAGAAGAGAACAUCCUGUUUUAUUGCCUCCAGAUCCACUGUACAAAACGCUGUCUUACUCCGGAGACAGGAUUGCAGAUAGACUUGGAGUUCGAUACAAGACAGUUGCAAUGAAAAGAUAUCACGGAAUUCACCCAGAAACUGUUCCAGAUUUGAGAGAUUUACGACCACCUGUUAGAAAAUGCAAAUGGCUGGGAUAUCACACUUCCAUGUUCCGCUAAAUCAGGAUUUAAUAUGAUAUUUUGCACUUUCAAGAAAAACUAUGCGCCUGGGUAAUUGGUGGAACAUGCCUGUAGGCCCACUUAAUCAAUGAUUAUCAGAAAACAGUCUAUAUAUGUCUAUUGAGAAGAUUCAGAAUCAUGUUAUAUUGUAUAAUUCACCAUGUACCACAUAUGAACGAUUUCUUGUGUUUUGAAAUUUAGAUAAAGAAGCAUUUUAUUCAAGUAUCCAUGCGCAAAAUAACCAAUAAAUCAUCUA